UGCCCAUAUGGGAUCCUGGCACAUGCAAGGCCAGGAUUCAGCCACUGAGCCAUCAUGCUGGGCCUGCUCAGACUUCUUGGCACUGCAGCCUGCACCCCCUUGUACUUCAGCCCCUUUCGCUGACCUGCACAGAGGACCAGGAACCCCAUGGACUCCUAGAAAAUUGGGGUCUGUGGUAAGUAACACUGGACCCCUCAUGUGCCCUUCCUCUCUCAAUCCACAGGCUCCUCCAAUUUCAGCCCCCAGAAGACUGAAUCAUGGCAGCCACCCAGCUCCUACCCCCAUCAGGACUUCAGCUCCUGUCCUUGCAGGCCCAGGUGACCUUCGAUGACGUAGCCGUGCUGCUCUCUCAGGAGGAAUGGAACCAGCUGGGCCCAGCGGAGAGAGGCCUCUACCGGAAUGUGAUGAUGGAGACCUACGGGAACGUGGUUUCACUGGGAAUUCCAGGAUCCAAGCCCACUGUGAUCUCCCAGCUGGAACGAGGGGAAGACCCCUGGGUCCUGGAUGGAAAUGAGGCAGAGAAGAGCACACACCCAGGAAGUGACCAUUCAGAAUGUGAGACUAAAGAGGAGAAGCAAAAUACAGAGUUGAAUCUGACUCUGGUGGGAACCAAUCAAGGACCUAAUAAGACAGUCUGCCCAAACUCUGAUGGCCACCGUGAUGGCCAGCUGUCGAAGCAAAGCGAGGCAUUCACUCAGCACCCAGCAGCUCCGAGCGGAGAAAAACCGUACAUAUGCAUCGAGUGUGGGAAGUGCUUCAGCCGGAGCUCCCACCUCCUUCAGCAUCAGCGAAUCCACACUGGUGAGAAACCCUAUGUGUGUGGGGUGUGUGGGAAGGCCUUUAGUCAGAGCUCUGUCCUCAGUAAGCACAGAAGGAUCCACACGGGCGAGAAGCCCUAUGAGUGUAACGAGUGUGGAAAAGCCUUCCGGGUGAGCUCGGAUCUUGCUCAGCAUCACAAGAUACACACGGGGGAGAAGCCUCAUGAAUGCCUCGAGUGUGGGAAGGCCUUCACUCAGCUCUCACAUCUCAUCCAGCACCAGCGGAUCCACACGGGCGAGCGGCCAUAUGUGUGUCCACUGUGUGGGAAGGCCUUCAACCACAGCACCGUGCUGCGCAGCCACCAGCGCGUGCACACCGGAGAGAAGCCCCACAGGUGCAGUGAGUGUGGGAAAACCUUCAGUGUGAAGCGGACCUUGCUGCAGCACCAGAGGACCCACACCGGGGAGAAGCCCUACACGUGCAGCGAGUGUGGCAAGGCCUUCAGUGACCGCUCGGUGCUCAUCCAGCACCACAACGUACACACCGGGGAGAAGCCCUACGAGUGCAGCGAGUGCGGCAAGGCCUUCAGCCACCGCUCCACCUUGAUGAACCAUGAGCGGAUCCACACAGAGGAGAAGCCAUACGCAUGCUACGAGUGUGGGAAGGCCUUUGUGCAGCACUCGCAUCUCAUCCAGCACCAACGGGUGCACACUGGGGAGAAGCCUUACGUGUGUGGGGAGUGUGGCCAUGCCUUCAGCGCACGCCGCUCCCUGGUGCAGCACGAGAGGAUCCACACAGGCGAGAAGCCUUUCCAGUGCACGGAGUGCGGCAAGGCCUUCAGCUUGAAGGCGACUCUGAUUGUGCACCUGAGGACCCACACGGGCGAGAAGCCCUACGAGUGCAACCGCUGCGGCAAGGCCUUCAGCCAGUACUCGGUGCUCAUCCAGCACCAGCGCAUCCACACGGGCGAGAAGCCCUAUGAGUGUGCGGAGUGCGGACGCGCCUUCAACCAGCACGGGCACCUCAUCCAGCACCAGAAGGUCCACAGGAAGCUCUGACCCACAGCAGGCAGCUUUCACCCCAAGCGGUUCGGGGGAUCCCUGUCUAUGGGUGAGCUCCUGAGGGCACACUGGACAUGCUGUCCUCACCCCAACAAUCACAGCUGUGAGGAACUGGUAAAGAUGCCAUAACAGUACGUUUGAAGGGAGUAGGGCACAUGAAGGUGUCAGAAUCACUGUCCCAAUACACAUUCCAAAUAAAGUUUUUU